AUGGGUAACCAGCAGUCGAACAUGGGCGGUGGCCCAGGUGGCGAUGGACGUGAUGAUAAGGAUAAGAAGAAGGACAAGCCUAAGUACGAGCCUCCUCCACCCCCGACCACUCGCAUUGGAAAGAAGAAGCGCAAGGCCGCUGGUCCUAGCACAGCCGCCAAGUUGCCCGACAUUUAUCCAACUUCGAGAUGCAAACUCCGAUAUCUUCGAAUGCAGCGAGUGCACGACCACCUGCUACUAGAAGAGGAAUACGUCGAGAACAUGGAACGAAUGCGAAAGUCCAAAGCUCAAAUGAGCCAAGGCCCGGCUAGCCAAGGUGACUUGGAUGUGACGGAUCGCAAUGCAGACGAGCGAAGCCGAGUCGAUGAUAUGCGAGGCAGUCCGAUGGGGGUAGGCAACUUGGAGGAGUUGAUUGACGACGACCACGCUAUCGUUUCAAGUGCGACCGGCCCCGAGUACUACGUAUCGAUUAUGUCGUUCGUUGAUAAAGACCUCCUUGAACCUGGUGCUAGCAUUCUUUUACACCAUAAGUCAGUAUCGGUUGUUGGUGUCUUGACUGAAGAAUCGGAUCCGCUCGUGUCUGUGAUGAAGUUGGAUAAGGCACCUACAGAGUCAUACGCCGAUAUUGGAGGUUUGGAGAACCAAAUCCAAGAAGUGCGCGAAUCAGUGGAGUUGCCAUUAUUACACCCCGAGUUAUACGAGGAGAUGGGUAUCAAACCACCAAAGGGUGUGAUUCUCUACGGUGCUCCUGGUACCGGAAAGACCCUUUUGGCCAAGGCUGUGGCCAACCAGACCAGUGCAACUUUCCUUCGUAUCGUCGGAAGUGAACUGAUCCAGAAAUACCUUGGUGAUGGUCCUCGAUUGGUCCGACAGAUCUUCCAGGUCGCCGCCGAGCACUCCCCAUCCAUUGUCUUCAUCGACGAGAUUGAUGCCAUUGGUACCAAGCGUUACGAAUCAACAUCUGGUGGUGAGCGAGAGAUUCAACGUACCAUGUUGGAAUUGCUUAACCAACUGGAUGGUUUCGAUGACCGUGGUGAUGUCAAGGUUAUCAUGGCGACGAACAAAAUCGAGACUCUUGAUCCUGCCCUGAUUCGACCUGGUCGUAUUGACCGUAAGAUUCUCUUCGAGAACCCUGAUCAAAACACCAAGAAGAAGAUCUUUACCCUGCACACAUCUAAAAUGUCCCUGGGUGAUGAUGUGGAUCUGGAUGAGUUCAUCAACCAGAAGGAUGAUUUGUCUGGUGCCGAUAUUCGUGCCAUUUGCACCGAGGCUGGUUUGAUGGCUCUGAGAGAGCGCCGUAUGAGAGUCCAGAUGGAUGACUUCCGCGCUGCCCGUGAGCGCAUCAUGAAGACGAAGCAGGACGGUGGCCCUGUGGAAGGAUUGUACUUGUAA